CCAAUGUUUUCAGUUUGAGGAAUCGAUCCAGGGGCGUAGAGGCGCUGGCUGUACUGAGUGAGAUUGGAUUGUUUGGAGAACAAGAGACUGACUGGGUCAGGCACAGCUUUGGAGCGGUCCAAACUCAACUCAUCACAGCUGGAGGUCGCUGCUCGUGCUUAGUUAAUCAGCACGUACAGUGGGACCAGGGUGCGAUUACUGUGAGGCUACAGCGUCCAUUCAAACAAAGCAAUCGCCAGAUGUGAGUGAGUGGAGUGAGUGAGGGAUUCUUGAAUUUCCAAGACGGGCAGGAACUUGAACAUCAACAAAACCAAACAAAGAAUCUUGCAAGAAUAAAAAACCACUUGCUUUCACUCUUCUGCCCACUCCACCACCAACCAGCUAGCUAAAUUGCUUGCCGAUGUCUGCUCCAUGACGGAUCUCCUGCGGGUCUUGCCGCACUUUCCUGUCGGCCAGUAUGCUGCACUCAUCCCGGCUCUCGAGAAGCACGAAGUCACCACCACCGAGCUUCUGACCCUUGACGCCACAGAGAUCGGCAAGCGCACUCAGCUGCCCCUCUUGGACAUCAAGCGACUCUGUGCAGCCGUCCUGCGAGCCCUGCACUCGGAUCUCGGCGUUGCCCUUCCAGCGUCCACGACCGCGACUGUUGCUGCCGGAAACGGUGGCGCCAGUAAGGAAGGCUCAGCCCUCGGAAACGCCGCCAAUGUAGAGUCGCAGCAAGAGCCGCAGCUCACCGGAGCGGUGACUACAACCACCAUCAACCACCUGGGCAGCCAGCUCCGUCACAACCACGCCCAGCUCGCCGCCAGGUGGUCCACCAUCAGCACCUUGGACCCGGAGCUCGAUGCCGCGCUCGGGGGCGGCAUCCCCACGGGCUAUGUCACCGAGAUCACGGGUGAGUCGGGCGCCGGCAAGACCCAGUUUCUCCUCUCGCUGCUGCUGGCCGUCCAGCUGCCUCCGCCCCACGGCCUCGGCCGCAAGGCCAUGUACAUCCCCACCGAGGCCGCCCUAUCCACCAGACGUGUGGCGCAGAUGCUGGCCGCAAACCCGCUACUCCUCUCAGCGAGCCCUAGACCGUCCCUAGAUUCCAUUCUCAGCCUCCAGCCCCUCGGCGAUAUUGAGGCCCAGGACCACAUCUUGUCUUUCCAGGUCCCUCUCGAGGCCGCCCGCCGCAACGUCGGCCUCAUCAUCCUCGACUCGGUCGCCGCCAACUUCCGCGCCGAGUAUGACGCUGCCGGCAGUAGAAGCACCGGCCUGGCCGCCCGCAGCGCCGAGCUCGUCCGCCUCGGCAUGCAGUUGCGGAACCUCGCGAGGUCCCUCAACCUUGCCGUCGUCGUCGCAAACCAGGUCGCGGACCGCUUCGAGUCUAAAAUACCCAUGCGCCCGCACCUUCCCUUGAUUGCCGCCGCCCCUCCUUCUUCGGGCGAGCAAAACUCUGAAACACGGCUCGAUGCGUCAUCCCAGACCAAAACCGGAGGCGGGGUGGGAACAACCACUACCGCCACCACCGUCACAGGACCCAUCCGCCUGACCCAGGAAAGCCCACUGGCGUCACGCAGCCGACCCCUGCCAGCAAGCAAUGACCCGCCAUCAUCGUCGCUCGGCCUCCCAGACGUUUCGUGGCCGCGGCCCGUGGACCCGUUCCAGCCCUCGGGCCCAGACAUCCCCGCGCUGCUGCUCGACCACCAGCAACGCUGGUUCACGGGCUGGGGUGACGAAGAGGACGACUCGAUGAGCGCCGGCAACCACAAGACGCCGAGCCUGGGCCUGGUUUGGUCGACCCAGAUCUCGGCGCGCAUCGCCCUGCUCAAAAAGCCCAUCUACGGCCGGUCGAGGUACCAAGGUGACGAUGACGACGGCGAUGGCAUGAACUCGGCCAUGCACUCCUGGAGAAGGUGGAUGAAGGUAGUGUUUGCACCGCAUGUGGCGCCCUCGGGGCCGGGAUUAGACGGAGCUGUCGAGUACGAGAUCUACAGUGGCGGGCUCAAGGGCACAGCAGCCAAGGGUCCGUCAGGCAAGGGGACUAUCAAGAGGAAACGGAGCGACUCGAAUAACUGAGGACUUUAGAAAUAUGGUACGAGACAUGAUCACGAUGAAAACAAAGGCUCGGUUAUAGAUUCCCAAAAGUGAACAACAAUGUACAUAUUUGUUUUUUUUAUCUGCCAAAGAUGCGCUUUUUCUGCCUUCUAUAUACCGAUAUGAGAAAUUCAAGACCCAGAUCCUGCACCUUGCGAUGAACGCGAUAGAAGAUGGC